AUGGCAACCGCAGAGAUCGGCCCCGAGCCGGCGCGGGUGGCCGAUUUGCCCGGCCGGUCCAUGCUGAUCCUCUACGGCUCGGAGACCGGUAACAGCCAGGACAUUGCCGAGGAGAUCGGCCGCAACGCCCAGCGACUGCACUUCAAAACCAGGGUCGACGAGAUGAACGGCGCUCAACUGGUGAGCUACCUUGACCCCGAUUCCCUCGGCACCUUGACUUUGGCGGAUUGGCAUGGAGAGUUUGCGUGCUUGUGGCUCUUGCGACCGCACAACCAACCUAGCAGCACACUUCUGCAAUAUACUCUUGUCGUCUUCGUCAUAUCGACGACUGGCCAGGGUGACAUGCCCCGCAACUCCGGCACCUUCUGGAAGAGCCUCUUGAGGAAGAAGCUGCCCCCGGGAUGUCUCGGUGCUGUCAGGUUCACAACGUUUGGGCUUGGCGACAGCAUGUAUAUCAAGUUUAACUGGGCUGCAAGGAAGCUCCAUAAGCGGCUGGAGCAGCUAGGUGCCGUGGAGUUUUAUCCUCGGGGGAAGCCGACGAGCAGGACUCGGAUGGACGAAAGAUAUAUGCCAUGGGCGGCAGACUUGCGCAAGAAACUGCUGGAUCUGUACCCCCUGCCCGAGGGACUCGCCCCUAUCCCAGACGACGCCUUACUACCACCCAGAUACACCGUUACACUUGCAUCAAGCCUGGACACACCGCAGAGCCAGAACCAAGAUCAGAGUAUCGGAGGUUAUACGAACGGUCAUGCCGUAGGACCUGCAGCCCAAGAAGCUCAACCCAAAGAUACCCAAACGACGACCGCAGUCGAGGAUUUGAUCCAGAAAACAACCUCGAUUACAAUCACCGAAGACCCUCCACGAACAAACGGGGCCAAAAUCCCCCGGGCAGCCGUCGGAGACCCUCCUCCCCAUCCCGGGGGCCAAGACGCCUCUCUCGAGCUCAACGAGCGGGUAACCCCUGAAACCCACUUCCAGGACGUCCGCCUCGUCCGUCUCGCCAUCGACCCGGUCCCCAACGGACCGCCCACGAUACACCCCUUUGACAGCCUGACGAUUUACCCUAAGAACUUCCCGCAAGACGUCCAGAAGCUCAUAGACCUCAUGGACUGGUCCGCAAUCGCAGACCUACCGCUUUCCUUCACGCCUGCCUCCUCUUCCCCCCCCUCUUCAGGACAGCCGUCUCUCCCUCGCGGCCUCCACAUCGACCCCUGCCGCCCGACGACGCUCCGUGACCUGCUCACCCAUAACCUCGACAUCACCUGCACCCCGCGCCGCAGCUUCCUUAAGGACAUGUCCUACUUCUCCUCGGACGAGUACCACCGCCAGCGCCUCCUCGAGUUCACCAUGCGCGAGUACACGGACGAGUUCUUCGACUACACCACGCGGCCCCGCCGCACCAUCCUCGAGGUCCUCGACGAGUUCACCUCGGUCCGGAUCCCGCUCGCCCACGUCCUCGACAUGUUCCCCGUCAUGCGCGGCCGCGACUUCAGCAUCGCCAGCGUGGCCCGCAGGCCCUCGGGCUCGCCUACGUCUCCUGACCCGUCUUCGCCGGCACCGGCACCGGCACCAGCAGCGACGAAAACAAGCGUGACCCUCCUCAUAGCCCUCGUCAAGUACAAGACGAUCCUCCGCAAGAUCCGCCAGGGCCUCUGCUCGCGCUACCUCGAAUCCCUCACCCGCCCCGGCACGCCCCUCCGCGUCACCCUGAACCGCAGCUCCGCCUCCCUCCACGGGCCGACCCACGCCCGCCGGCCCCUGUGCGCCGUCGCCACCGGCACCGGCGUCGCGCCCCUCCGCCUCUUCGUCGAGGAGCGCCUCUCCCACGCCUCGUCGGGGGCCGCCCCCGUCGGCGACACGGCCGUGUUCUUCGGGAACCGCAGCCGGGACGCGGAUUUUCACUUCCGCGACGUGUGGGAGGAUCUCAAGACGCGGUACGCCGCCGCCGACUCCGCGAAGACGCAGGAUCCGGCCGCAACGGGCGGUCGCUUCGACGUCCACACGGCCUUCUCCCGCGACCCCUCCGCCCCGCGGCAGUACGUGCAGGACGUGAUCCGGCAGCACCCGUCGACGAUCCGCGCCAUGGCCGCCUCGGACGCCAUCUUUGUCGUCUGCGGCGGCAGCCUGAAGAUGUCGCGCGCCGUCAAGGAGGCCGUCAAGGACUGCCUGCGGGGGGACGCCAAAGCCUACCCCGACGACGCGGCGGUGGAGGCUGCGUUUGCGAGGUUGACGUGGUGGGAGGAGAUUUGGUGA